GGAUUACUACACCAAGUAAUCAUGCGUGAUACCCGUGAUGGUUACUCAAAGGAAAUGAUGCUUACCCCGCAAACAACAAUGAAAUGGCAGCUCAGCCAUGCACAAUCCCGGGAUAAAUAGUCCACCACUCAAACAAUGCAGUUCCAAUCAGUAGACUCAACAAUCACAAAAUACACACUAGAUCACAAUCAUGGCUCAACGAAGCAUCAUCAAAGACAUUGUCAUCACCCCUGUGGCCUUCCAUGAUAUGCCCCUGCUAAACAGCGUGGGUGUACAUGAGCCAUACGCUUUGCGCAGCAUUAUCGAGAUCAUCACAGAAGACUCAUAUGGUCUCGGUGAAUCAUAUGGAGAUUCGGCACAUCUAGACCGCUUGCAAAAGGCAGCGGAUAAGAUUAAGGGCCUUUCUAUUUACAGCACAAACAUUAUCUACCAAAAAUGCGUUGAGUCACUCAAGACCGACACCUAUACUGGUGGAGAUGGCAUGGGAGGCAUGGUGACUACUGCUUCAGUCGCUGACAAGGUCUUCUCACCGUUCGAAGUCGCAUGUCUUGACUUACAGGGCAAACUAGCUGGUAUAUCCGUUAGUGACCUUCUAGGCGGACGCGUGAGAGACCAAGUCCAAUACUCAGCCUAUCUCUUCUACAAAUGGGGCGGGCACCCUGGUCACGAAGAUGACGAAUACGGCCCGGCGCUAGACCCUCAAGGAGUGGUGAAGCAAGCCAAAAAGAUCAUUGAUGAGUAUGGCUUCAAAGCAAUCAAGCUCAAGGGAGGCGUCUUCCCUCCUGCAGAGGAAGUUGCCGCGAUCAAAGCUCUACAUGAAGCUUUUCCUGAUCUGCCGUUGAGACUUGAUCCAAACGCGGCUUGGACUGUUGAGACUUCAAAGUGGGUCGCAAAAGAGCUUGAUGGUAUUGUUGAGUACUUGGAAGAUCCGGCUGGUGAGAUUGAGGGAAUGGCUGCUGUUGCCAAAGAGGCAUCGAUGCCCCUAGCUACCAACAUGGCAGUCGUUGCUUUCGACCAUCUCCCACCAUCAAUUCUCCAAAACGCCGUACAAGUCAUCUUAUCCGAUCAUCACUUCUGGGGAGGCCUUCGAAAGUCACAAACACUAGCAUCCAUCUGUGCAACUUGGGGUCUGCGCCUUUCGAUGCACUCAAACAGUCACUUGGGUAUCUCACUCGCCGCCAUGACGCAUCUUGCCUCCGCAACACCAAAUCUUGAUUAUGCUUGCGACACUCACUGGCCUUGGAAGCGCCGAGAUGAAGACGUUGUUGUUGACGGCGCAUUGAAGUGGAAGGAUGGCGGUGUUGUCGUGCCGACAGUGCCAGGUCUAGGCGUCGAGCUAGACAGAGAGAGGUUGGCAAAGCUUCAUCAACAGUACCUGGACUGUGGGUUGAAGAAGCGUGAUGAUACUACGUAUAUGAAGAGGUUUCAGCCAGACUUUUCAGAGAAGAUCCCUCGAUGGUAGAUACCGGGCGUUGCUAGCCGGUUUCAAGCAGACCAGUCAUACCAGGACUUUCAUGUAUACAAUAGUCUCUCAAAUUUCUUUAAUCUUGUCCUAUACUGUCUACAGUGUAGCUAACAUGACCCAGAAAUGGGUUUUCCACUAAAAAUAAAACACUUCAUUGAGUAAGCUCUUCUCAUAACAGAGGCCGAUUUCUA